AUUUUGUUUAAAAAAGCGCAGGCAAUGUCGAUAUGUGACAUACGACAAACGAAAUUACAAUAGCUGCCGAGAUCAAGAUAUAACGAGUCGUUCGAUAUCUUCUCAGAUAUCAUUACAGAAUCGAUUACACCUUGACAUUGUAAUCCCCAAUCAGAUGUUUAAAACAGCAGUUUUGGCUGCCUUCCUGGCAUUUGCCACGAUGUGCUCUGCUGCAAACUCAAAGAUAGUUUGCUAUUAUGGUAGCUGGGCAAACUAUCGUCCUGGACCCGGCAAGUUCGAGGUGACAGAUAUCGAUCCAACGCUAUGCACACAUAUUAUCUACACGUUUGUUGGCCUCUCCGCCGAUGGCAACGUUCAAGUGUUAGAUAGUUGGCUGGAUCUUCCGUCCGGAUUGAAUGGUUUCGGUAAAUUCACUAAACUCCGAGAGUUGAGUCCAAGUACCAAGGCUAUGAUAGCGAUGGGUGGUUGGAACGAGGGAUCUAUCAAAUAUUCUCAAAUGGCCUCAAAUCCUGCUAUCCGUUCUCGAUUCGUCCAGAACGUCGUCAACUUCCUCAAAACCUACAAUUUCGACGGUUUCGACCUCGAUUGGGAAUAUCCCAACCAGCGCGGUGGUAACGCAGCCGAUAAGCAGAAUUUCGUGAACCUGCUGAGUGAGUUGAGACAGGAAUUAAAUAAGCAUGGUUUCCUGCUUAGUGUGGCAGUCGGUGCUGCAGAAUCAUCUGCUUCCCAGUCCUACCUAAUUUCGCAAGUAGCUCAAUAUGCUGACUUCAUUAACCUGAUGACGUAUGACUUGAACGGAUCGUGGAACAGUAACACUGGGAUCAACGCUCCUCUGUAUGCUUCAUCCCGCGAAUCGGGAAAUCAAGCUAAGCUCAACGCGAAUUCAGCUGCUCGCUAUUGGAUUUCGCAAGGCGCGCCAGCCAACAAACUCAUUCUCGGUAUUCCCGCCUACGGUAGGUCCUUCACUUUAGCGAAUCCUGGAAACAAUGGGGUAGGAGCACCGACCAUCGGUGCUGGAACUGCUGGACCGUAUACGCGAGAAGCUGGCAUGAUCGGUUAUAACGAGAUCUGUAGUAACUUUGGUCAAGGUGGUUGGACGGUAGUACGCGAUAAUGAACAACGCGUCCCUUACACCUUUAAAGGCAAUCAGUGGAUUGGAUAUGACGACGUCCAGUCUGUUCGGGAAAAGGUUAAUUUUAUCAAGGCCUUAGGUCUUGGUGGUGCCAUGAUUUGGAGUGUGGAGACCGAUGAUUUCCGUGGCAAUUGUGGCCAGAAGUAUCCACUUCUGAGAGCUAUAAACGAUGUUUUGAGAGGAUAUAUUCCAGGCCCUUCACCUUCGCAAAAACCAAACCCUAGUGUAGAUCCUCCACGACCAUCACAACCAGAACCAUCACAACCAGAACCAUCACCAACAUCUGUUACAGCUGUUAAAUGCAAACGCGACGGUUAUAUUCGCGAUCCACACGACUGUAAUACAUACUAUCUUUGUCAAAAAGUGAACGGUCAAUUUACGAAGUACACGUUCCAUUGCGGGGCCGGACUCGUUUUUGAUCCAUCGUUCAAUGGUUGUAAUUACAGAGACAGAGUUCCUGGUUGUUGAGCCGAUACGAACAAAUUUCAUAUAAUUAAAUAAGUUACAAUGUUCGAUUUUGUAUAGAAUUGUAUAAUUGAUGCAACAAAGUAUCAUUAUUUUGGAAAAGAUACACAUUUGAAACCAGUUUUUAUAAUGAGUUAUUUGUGGAUAUAUGUAUGUAUACCUAUUAGAUGAAAAGUGGAUGAAACAUAUA